CCGCUGGACAUGAGCGCCGGCCCUUUUCCCUGGGAAACAAAACUCACCAGGCCAGGUUCCUGAUGUCAGUUUGCAGGAGGCACUUGGCACUGUCAAACCAGCCACACUUGCCUGUGGUGGCACCUUCCAUGCGGGAGGAACCCUGCGCCGUUCGGAGCCCUGCGCCGUUCGCAGCUCCCGCCGGCCGCCGGCGCCCUCAGGACGCGGCCGUGUGGGCGGGGCUUCGCGCGCGGCGUGGUUUGCGCUGAGGGGGCGGGGCCUGCUGUGCUGGAAUGUGGCGGCGGCGGCGCGGGCGGCGGCGGCCCAGGUGCUGAUCCCCGGCUGCUCCCCGCCCCUGCCAUCCAGCGCUGGCAGCAGCGGGGCGGCUCCCGCUCCAGAGGCCCCGCAGCCAUGUCCACCUUCCGCCAGGAGAGCGUGGAGGACUUCUAUGAGAUGGGAGAGGAGCUGGGCAGCGGGCAGUUCGCCAUCGUCCGGAAGUGCCGGGAGAGGAAGACGGGCCUGGAGUACGCGGCCAAGUUCAUCAAGAAGCGGCGGCUGUCGUCCAGCCGCAGGGGCGUGAGCCGCGAGGAGAUCGAGCGCGAGGUGGACAUCCUGCGCGAGAUCCAGCACCCCAACAUCAUCACCCUGCACGACAUCUUCGAGAACAAGACCGACGUGGUGCUCAUCCUGGAGCUGGUGUCCGGAGGGGAGCUCUUCGAUUUCCUGGCCGAGAAGGAAUCCCUGACGGAGGAGGAGGCCACCCAGUUCCUCAAGCAGAUCCUGGACGGGGUGCACUACCUGCACUCCAAGCGCAUCGCCCACUUCGACUUGAAGCCAGAGAACAUCAUGCUGCUGGACAAGAACGUGCCAAACCCUCGCAUCAAACUCAUUGACUUUGGGAUUGCCCACAAGAUCGAGGCUGGGAAUGAGUUCAAGAAUAUCUUUGGGACACCAGAGUUUGUAGCCCCGGAAAUUGUGAACUACGAGCCCCUGGGGCUGGAGGCUGACAUGUGGAGCAUCGGGGUCAUCACCUACAUCCUGCUGAGCGGAGCCUCCCCGUUCCUGGGGGAGACAAAGCAGGAGACGCUGACCAACAUCUCUGCUGUCAACUACGACUUUGAUGAGGAAUAUUUCAGCAACACCAGCGAGCUGGCCAAGGACUUCAUCCGCCGCCUGCUCGUCAAGGACCCCAAGAAGCGAAUGACCAUCGCCCAGAGCCUGGAGCACCCUUGGAUUAAGGUGAUCAAGAGGAGGAACGUCCGCAACGAGGACAGCUGCAAGAAGCCCGAGCGGCGCCGGCUGAAGACCACGCGCCUGAAGGAGUACACCAUCAAAUCCCACUCCAGCAUGCCCCCCAACAACACCUACAUCAACUUCGAGCGCUUCUCCAAGGUCAUGGAGGAGGUGGCUGCGGCCGAGGAGAGCCUCCGAGAGCUGGAGAGGAACAAGAAGUCCUUCCAGGAGGACAUCGAGGCGCUGCUGUCCAUCUACGAGGAGAAGGAGUCGUGGUACAAAGAGGAGAACGAGAGCAUCAGCCAGGACCUGCGGCAGAUCCGGCAGGAGCUGCAGAAGACGGAGGCGCUGAAGAAGCAGGCGCAGGAGGAGACCAAGAGCGUGGUGCAGGCCGCCAACGGGCUCAAGCGGCGCUACCGCAAGCUGGAGAACCACUACGAGGCCCUGGCCAAGCAGGUGGCCUCAGAGAUGAAGUUUGUGCAGGAGCUGGUGUGGUCCAUCGAGCGGGAGAAGCUGCAGAGCAGCGAGGGCGACGGCAGCAUCCGCUAACCCGGCCGGGCCCGGGGGCUCCGCUGCUCCCGGUCCCCCGCUCGCCCCCGGGGAGUGCCCCCGGUGUGUGGGGGGUGCUUGUGCCUCCCUGGAGCCCCCACCUCGGGGGGCUGGGGCUGUGCCACCCCGGGGCUUGGCUUCCCGCGUGCAGCUCCCGCCUGGCUCGUGUCCCUGCGCUCCCCGUCACCGCUGCCGUGCUCCGGGACGUUUGUCCCCCCCUGUCACCCGGGUCCCCGAGCUGCCCCAGUGCCCCGUGGGGGGGUUGGUGGGCACAGCUCCCCUCUAUACUGCAGCAGCAGCCAUGCAUGGGCUGGGACCAAGGACUGAUCCCUGCGUGGCCUCACACUCUGCAGCCCCCCGGAGGCCCCUGCGCCCCACAUUGCCCCCAGGGUGCUGCACCCCUUGUCCCCCUGUCCCAGCCCUGGCUCCCCCUUUUCCCAGAAUAAAGGUUUCUGUGUAGUGGGGUGGCAGCCUCGGCUCCUGCCAUGGCGGGACGGGGCUUGGGAGGGAGAUAAAGAUGUGCCCCGUGGUGACAGCUCCCCCACUGUGCUCCCAUUCCAAAGGGGCUUCCUUAAUUUGGGGGGAAAAAUGCUUUUUUUCCUUAGGAGACCCCGUGCUGGUGGGUGAGCUCGCUGUGGGCAUGGAGGGAGGUCUAGGGGUGGUUUGUGGGAUGUUCCCAGGCUGGGGGAGCCCCCAUCUCCUCUUGCCUGAGAUCCCUCACUCCUGGGGACAGGGGGAACCAGCUCCCAAAGUGCCACAUUCCAGAGAACACCAGGGCAGGGAGCACGUUUCCCCUGGGAGCACCGCGGGCUUUCCGACUGCCUGUGGCCCCCUGGAGCCAAGAUCCAGCAGAAUUUGAUCCGGGGGAAUCACCAGCCAAAUGCCAGAGCAUGGCAGGCGUCCCCCUGGCUGGCCAGGGUGAGUUCAGCUCCAGGCCCUGGGGAUUUGCUCCAUUUGGGAUUUAUUUGUUGCUCUUCUGUGGCUCCCUGGGGAUCAGGGGGGCUGCCCCACAUCCCUGUCCCUGCUGACGUUCCAUCAGCUGUAAGUUUCACUCCCAUGCAUGGGACAGGUGGAGCUGUGAUAAUUUAAUCUGCCCUGGUGUUCCCUGCCAAGGCACUUGGCUCCCACGGGAGGUGGCGUGACUGGGGCUGUCCCAGUGUCCAGCACGGGCUCUGGCCACGUGAGGGGACACCGGGGGGCUCGGAGCCCUCAGGGUGCCCCAUCCUGGCACUGUGUGUGGAUUUGGUGCAGCCCCAGCUCAGCUGGCACAGGCAGUGGGUGAAAGGAUGUAUGGAAAUGCUAUAGGCCCGGCUGUUCCCAAAGGUCACAUAGUGAGAAACCUUUCCUGGAUUCUCUUCCUGCCAAGGGUUUGGGUUUCACACUCCCAAAAGGCUCUUGGAAGUCACUGGUCAUUCACCCCAGCCUCAGAGCAGCAGGGGAAUCUCACUCACGUGGAUGCACGAAAUGACACCAAAGUAGCUCUAAAAAAGCCAAAUUUGGGGUGUGAUUCAUGAUUUGAUGAGUUCUCCUAAUCCUGAAGCUGCAGGAACUCGUGUUGGGAACGAAGGGCUGUGCUGCCCGGGGGGUUCCAGUGCUGUGAGGUCAGCAGGAUGUUCUGCUGCAGCCCCUCUCAGCAGCUGGAGCUGCCUUUCCCGUGACAUUCCCUUCUCUGUGGACAGAGACACCAAAAUGCCUUUUUUAGGCUCCCAUUUCUGCUUCCCAGAGUUUGGCAGGAGGUGGGAGUGAAGGCUUUUCCCUUAUAAGUCUUCACAAACCCCAAACGCUUUUGCACAGCUUAAACCAACCCGUGCAGGCACAGGGAGAUCCCACGGCUGCAUCCCCUGGGAUCUGCUGUUCCUGCCGGAGCUGAGCUGUGGGCAGUGCUCCCCAGGGUGACGGGUCACAGCAGGGUGUCCCUGCCCGGGGGUGGUGCCAUCAGAGAGGGGUGGGUGUCCCCAGGAGCCACAGCUCUUUCUGGCCACGGCAUCCCUGCCCAGGACAGCUGGGAAAUCAUCGGAGUGGGACAAGGACAAGGAGAUGGAUCUGGCUCCCAUCAGGCUGCUGCAAGCCCCUCCUUGGUGGGUUUUUGGGUGACUACUCAUUAACUAAAAUUAAUUAAUUAAAAGCAGCUGCUUUUCCAGAGCAGUUUCUAAUUCAGGCCCCAAAAUCUUGGGAAGGGACCCCCAGCCAAGUUAUUUCAGUGCCUGAGAGCUGCCAGUGCUGAUCCCCCGGGUUUUGUAUGGGCAGCUCCACAGGCACUCAGGGAUGGCACUGCCCUCUCAGGCUGAAAUUUGGAUGCUGUUUUAGCUUUAAUGCUUCAAAUGGUUCCUAGGGAAGCAGAGUUCUCAUUUCUCAUUCCCUGAGAAAUCCCCCCAGUUCCCCUCAUGGAUCUGAAUUCACAAACUGAGCCGUUCCCCCUGGGGCCUGUGUGAGCACCCAAACCCAAGCAGUGACACGUGGAGGGAGCUUUGAGGCCACCCAGGGCUGCAAUUUCAAACACCCAGGACAGAGAGGCUGCUGUUGUCUUUUGGAUGAGCUUCAUACCCAUUUUUAUUGCAAUAAAGCUGAGUGAUGAAUUAAA